AUGGAGGACUAUGAUGUGGACAUGGAAGAGGAGGAUGGAUUUUUUGUGAUGAAGGCAAAACCGGUUAAACCCUGGUGGAUGGACUUUGGUGAGGAUGAGGAGAUCCAGCACCGGAGCAGUACUCGGGGUUGUAUGGUGAACAGUCGCAGCUGGGCAGAGGAGCUCCAGGAUAUCAUUACUCAGGCCAAAACCGAAGAAAAUUGUGAUGAAGGGAGGACCAGACUGUCGAGUAUCUCUGCCCAGAGGAACGAGAGGGAGUCCAUCAGGCAGAAACUUGCCCUUGGCAGUUUCUAUGACGACGAGCCCGUCAUCUACACCAGCAGCUGCAGCAAAAAUGGACCAUCCUCCCGUCGGCAAAGUGCUGUGAAUCUGCAAGUGUGCUUCGUGAACGACAGCAGCAGUGAUAAGGACAGUGAUGCAGAGGACAGCAGGACAGAGACCAGCUUGGACACUCCUCUGUCCCCUGUGAGCAAGCAGAGCUCCUCUUUAUCAGACCGGGACACAACAGAGGAAGACUCGGAUGCCUUAGAUGACUGUGGGGGGUUCUGGAGGGUUCAGCGAAGGCUGCAGGAGGAGGCACGAGUGGCUCUGGCCCUGGCACGGCCCAUGGCUCGAAUGCAGGUGGAAGUGGAACGGCAGAUCCAGCUUCAUCGGAGGUCACCUGUGGCCGACUUGCUUCCAAAUCUUCCUCACAUCAGCGAGGGUCUGAUGAAGCGGACUCUGCGGCGUGGGGACAUGAGGCACAUGAACCUUGGACAACUGCAAGUCAUCACCAAUGAUUUGCACUCCCAGGUUCAGAGCCUAAAUGAGGAGCUGGUACAGCUGCUGCUCUUACGGGACGAACUUCACGUGGAACAGGAUGCUAUGCUCGUCGACAUCGAAGACCUGACGCGACAUGCUCAUACCCAUUAUCAACACCAGGCAGAGAAAGCCUUGUCAAAAUAA